AUGGCCUUGCCUCAAUUAAUUCUGUGUAUUGCGCUGCUAUCAUGCUCUCACGGUGCAACCAUUAUUAACAAUAUUACACCGACAACAGGCAGCACGGCAGGAGGCACCCGAGUCACAAUUUAUGGGGAAGAAUUCAGUCAAGAUCAAUUCAAUUAUGAUGUCCCUUCUCGUGGCAAUAUCGUAUACCUCUCUUCAGAUCGAAACUUACUAAGAUGUGAUGUUAUCACCUACUUAAGUAACACAAAAAAAAUCGUCUGCGAUACACGACCUUCACCUUCCUCUGAAGUAUAUAAAUUGAUCCUUUUCGUUGACGGUGUAAGAAUUUCCGAAAAUAGUGGAGCAUACUGUGGCAGUCAAUGUAAUUACCAGUAUUCAGAAAGUGUUUCACCGACUAUAACUGCCAUAUUACCGAAAAGUGGUUUACCGGGAACCAUAAUAACAGUAAAAGGUCGAAUUUUUACCAAUUCUGUUAACAGUAUUCAAGAACUUGAAAACGAUGCCACCGAUGUCAAGGAGAUUGUAAGAUACGGCACUGCAAUGAAUUCUGAAACAUCUACCGAAGGCUACAUCAAAUGCAAGCUAUCAACCACAAUAAUCGGUAAAUAUAAGUUUUAG